CGUAUCGCAAACACUUUUAGGGGUUGUAUAAAAUAUCUUUAACAUAUGUGCGCUAUAAAGACGCGCGAAAGCCAUUUGGUCAAGACGCCUCAAUAUAACAGAUAUGUCUUAAAAAAUGAUCGAAAUACCACGCAAGCUGCCAUUGGUCUCUCCAAACAUCCCUGCCACUAGAGUCCUGCCCCUCCCUUAUUCACCUGCUGCUCUUCACCAGAUUUAAUCAUGCACGGAAUCCGCAAAACUUUCUUCAUCGUCAUUCUUUUAAUGGGGUUGCUCACGUUCUUUUAUACCGACCGGGAGUUUUGGAGUAAAGCUCCAGCACAGAUAUUAAGUUUCUCAAGUUUACAAGUUCUCAAGAGUCCAGAGAUUUCAGACUUCCCCAAAACAAAUAUAGGGCCUUUUCACAAUGAGAAUCCAACACCCUGUACGUGCCAAAAGACUGAGCCUGCAAACCAGUUUGUGCCAAAAGUUGACCUGGACGACUUGCAGAAACGCCGGGCAGAGGAGUUCAGACAACACCAGAUCAGGACAGGGAAAGAAAACGAUGUUCUUAUUCUCGCCCCUGCCAACACCCCACUCCAGUAUCCAAUCAGAGGAUUCAGAGUGACCCCCAUGAACAAAACACUUAUUCCUGGUCUAGCGCUGCAAACACAAAACAGAGCAGUUUACAAGGUGUCUUUAAGGGUGCAGAAAGGGCUGCUCUCAGUGCUAGAUGUUCAGGAGGGUGAGCAGGUGGAUGGCCAAAAUAAGGAGCAUCUCAACAUCUCAUCCAGCAGCCUCCAACAGCUCAAUGAGCUGCUGAGCAGAGUGACCUACACCAGCACCGUCUACCACAUCAAGACCCAAGACCUCGUGUACUUCUCUUUUGAGAACCAUAAAGUCAUAUUCCCGAUAGAGAUCAGACGUUUGUCAGUUCCUGUUCUGUUUGACCCGGGGAAAGAUGUAAACUCCCAGGUCACUGUACUAAUUAAAGCAUUUCUGAGAUAUAAAGAACUAAAAGUCCUCAUCGCUAGUAUUCGUCGCCUCUACCCUUUAAUAAAGAUCAUUGUUGCUGAUGACAGUCUGAACCCAGAGAAGGUGGUUGGUGACAAUAUAGAACAGUACAUAAUGCCCCCGGCACAGGGCUGGUUUGCCGGCAGAAAUCUGGCAGUGUCCCAGGUCACCUCUAAGUACUUCCUGUGGGUGGAUGAUGACUUUGUUUUCCUGAAUGAGACGCGUAUUGAGAGCUUUGUGAACAUUAUGGAAGCCGUUCCUGAACUAGAUGUGGUUGGUGGUCAGGUAGAAGGAAAUCAGUUCUUCUUUAAGCUGGAAUAUGAGGAAGGGAGCAGUGAAGAAGGCGGCUGUAUCACACGUGUCAGUCGUGCUCACGCGCCUCUGCCAGGUUUUGACGGUUGCUUCUUUGCAGAUGGAGUUGUCAAUUACUUCAUGGGCCGGACAGACGCUGUGAGGAGGGUGGGUUUUGACCCGUUCCUCAAAAGAGUGGCUCACACUGAAUUCUUCAUUGACGGACUUGGAGAUUUAUUAGUUGUCACCUGCAAAGGUCUCAAAAUUGGCCACCAAAAACGCAGUCGCACAGACAAGUACGGUUCCUUCAGGUAUCCUCCCAAAAGUGAUUCAGAAGCAAAAAUGACCCACCAUUUUUUCAAGAACCAUCUAAAAUGCAUGAAAUACUAAGGAGCAUUUGAGGUUAAAUAUGCUGUUCCUCACACCUUAAUAAUCAUUAUUUGUAUUUUUUAUUUACUCUAUCAAUCUUGGACACAUCUACUCAUUCUUUAUUAUGACAAUUUUGGUAACACUUUACAACAAGGUUCCAUUAGUUAAGGUUGGUUAAUGCAAUUACUAACACUGAGCAUUGCAAUACAUUUGUUACAAUACUUAUUUAUCUUUGUUACCAAUAGUUAGUAAAAAUACAACUGUUCAUUGUUAGUUUGUGUCCAUUAAAUAAUAUUAACAAAUACAGCUUCUAAUAAUGUAUUAGUAAAUGUUGAAAUUAACAUGAUCUCAGAAUAAAUGCUUUAUAAGUAUUUUUCAUUGUUAGUUCAUGUUAGUUAAUGUUAACAAAUGGAACCUUAUUGUAAACUGUUACCACAAUUUUUUUUUACAUUUUAUAAUAAUAGCAAAAUAAUCAAAACUGUAAAAUAACAAAAAUGGAAUAAUGAGAAUUAUUUAUAGUGAUCAAAACAUGAAUAAAUGAACUUUAAUUUGAGCUUCUUCUUUGUGUAGUUUCCAGCUCUGUUCACGCUGAACAUCCACUUAACCAACUUCAUGCAUCCUGGGAUGUUUUUUAAACACUAUUUAAGUUCACAUGUAUGUUGCACAGUUGUCAGCUGGUUUUGACUUUUCCUUCAAUAUCCACUCCAUGUUUUUUUUUUUACUUUAAGUAAUAUGAGUUGGAUCUUGUAACCAAAGAGCAUUUGAAAUGUUUAUGAGGUAGCAGGUAAUGUUCUCAGGAUAAUGAAUGUGAAAAUGAUAGUGUUAUCUUUAUUGCUUUUCUUAGAAUGCAAUUCAUAGGGUUUUUAAUGAACUGCAUAUAAACUUAAUUAAGCGUGCAUUGCUGAAUGUUAAAAUUACACUAAAUGAAGGAUGUUAAAAGUGUAGCCAAGUCAAUCAUGGGCACCGUCAUCGGGUUGUAUGGCGGUGAGCUGAUAUUACCACGAGUAACUUUCAAAAUGGGAGUCCAUGCACCGUGUUGAGAUAUUUAUGGGGCAAUUCUGGUCUCAUUUGAUUUCCCUCAAAAGUAGUCCCCCCUUAAAUUACAAUAAGCAAGGCUGUAAUGGCUUAGCUAGUACAAAAAAAAAAAAAAACAAUCCAAAUAUGUAUAUAUAUAUAUAUAUAUAUAAAUAUAUAAAUGACUAUAGUAAUGAGCCAACAACAAACAAAUGGAAAAAACAACCAAAAAUAUUAAUAAAAAUAAAGGUAGGGAAACCAGUGAUCAGUUGACCAGGACAAAUACAACUCUUUGUAGCUUUUGGCUGAUUACGGAAGUACCACAGCCAUAAACUUUGUGCAGCGAGCUGUAUCGACCAUUCAACAUCCAACUCAACAUAACCAGCAUGAAAGCAUUUAAAGCACACAUCUAAAAUCAACAGAACUUGUUAUUCCCUUCCAGCAACCAGCAACCAACAACCACAACUUGUCUUGGCUACACAAGUUUACAAAACUCAACAUUUUUACUGUAUAUAAAGCAGGCUAUAUUGCUAGGUCACUUUCACAUGACCUUCAGGCUCUCUCUUUAAAUAUAUAUAUAUAUAUAUAUAUACAGUAUGUUUACAAAAUGUGAAAAUUAGGUCUGUUAAACUGGUUUGGCCUGUUAAACUGUUCAGCUGCAUAUCACCUGGGUUACUUUACACAGUCAAACUGCAUUUGCAUCCUUUAUGUUAAAAAGGGCAUGGCAAGAGUUGGUUGUAAGUCUCCAGCAGCAGAGCAGUUCCAGGCAAACAAUGACGUUCAAAACUAUCUUGUUUCUAUAGAUAACAUUACAACAACAGCCUAUCUUGGUUCUGUGAAAAUUGCAAAACCAAUGUUAGCCUACUCACUGGAGCAAUAACAACACAUCCUCUGCGUAUGUUUUCAGGCCUUUCCGCAAUUUCUCAGAAAUUGGUUACUUCACCUUUAAGUGUCCGAUUUGUAUUUUAUAGUUUAAAAUCUUUAAGACUGUAAAGUCACUGAUGCCACCAAAGAGGAUCACCAGUCCUUCAAAUGUGCCUUUUCUGUUUAAUAGAUUCUGUUGUCGUUUUCAUACAUUGUUGUGCCAAUAAAGAGUUAAUUCUC